AUGCCGUACAUUUACUCUAAUCGCAACUCUCGAUUUCCUCACGACGGCAUCAUAAUAGCCCAAGAGCAGGCCUCUUAUAUGAACCUCUCUUCAAUCAAAGACAAUGUCUUGAUUAUACCAGGAACUCAAUUGCAACUUUUUAAUUCUUUCGAAACCGCGGGACUUGGUAAUGAUUGUAAUGAGAGUAUUGGAGAUAAAAAGGAUGGGCAGUUACAUGGCAAUAAUGAUAAUGUCUGUACAAAUGGGAACAAUUUAAUAGAACUUCCAAUUACAUUGCCUGUAACUGCAUCAGAUCAGUUGUCAAUCGAUAUUCUGAAUUUGUUUGAGGAGCUACUUCCAACAGAAGAGAGUUAUAAACGAAGAUUAGAAUUUGUCGAAAAGAUAAGACGAAUGUUAAAAGAAGAGUCGCAAGGGCAUGAUGUUGAUGUACAUUUGUUUGGAUCGUCAGUAAAUGACCUUGGCACGCUAUCAUCAGACGUAGAUUUAUGCAUCACUACCACUUCUCCAGAAUUGAAGAGCGUGCAAAACUUAGCAAAAAUAUUGAAAAAACAUAACAUAAACGAAGUCGUCACAGUUCCAAAGGCAAAAGUUCCAAUAGUUCGAUUAUGGGAUUCAGAGACGAGACUAGCCUGCGAUAUGAACAUAAAUAACACACUAGCAUUACACAACACUCGCCUAAUCAAAACAUACGUUUCCAUCGACCAGCGUGUACGUCCUCUUACCAUGAUAGUCAGGCAUUGGGCAGCUAAGCGUGUACUAAAUGACGCUGCAAAAGGUGGCACUUUGUCCACAUAUACAUGGACAUGUAUGGUCCUUAACUUUCUCCAAAUGCGCGAGCCUCCCAUUUUACCCGUUCUUCAUCAAAUGUCACCCAAAGGAGAGCCGAUAAUGGUCAAUGGAGAAAAUGCAGCGUUUUGUGAGGACGUUGAGCGUUUUAAGGAUUUCGGGGCUCCUAAUCGGGAGACUCUUGGAGGAUUAUUGUUCGCAUUUUUCAGGAGGUUUGCGUAUGAAUUUGACUAUCAACAUCAUGUGAUAUCUUUGCGUCAUGGAAAAUAUCUCACAAAGGAAUCCAAGGGCUGGCAUGUGGGUCCUGAUUGGCGAUUACUCUGUGUUGAAGAACCAUUCAAUACUUCACGUAACCUAGGUAACAGUGCGGACAUUGUGUGUGUAUAUGGAUUAAUAAGAGAGUUCCGUCGCGCUUGUAACAAGUUAUAUGAGAAUGUGAGUCUGGAUCUGUGUUGUGAGCAGUAUAUUCCCCCAAAAGGAGAAUAUGGAUGGUAUCCAGGGGUAGGUAGAGGAAAAUGGAACAGUAGCGCGAGUGGUGGCAUGAAGAAAGGGCAACAACAGAAUAACUAUUGGAAUAAAUAUAACGGAUAUCAUUAUGGAUAUCAAUAUGGACAGCAGAAUAGACAAAAUGAUAACACAAAUGCGUAUAAAGAUGGAUAUAUGAACGGUUGGAGUUUUCAUAAUACUUCUGAUAGCAAGCUCGAUGGGGGAGAUUUAGAAUCAGAAAAAAAACAGAUUGAAGAUAGCGUCACCAGUACCGCUACUACUGUCACUUCUGUCGCUAGUGUUACCAGUACUCCGAGUCCUGUAUUUCUGCAGAAUAACGACGAGACCCGACACUUGGACAUGCAUUUCGAUACACAAUCAGAUACUCAACUGGAUAUUUCUUCUCAUCAGACUUCUGAGUUAUCAGUGAGUAGGAAAGGAAGUUAUCAGAGCAUGCAAUACGAAAGUGAGAUCGAAUGUGAGCAUGAGGAAAUCGUCGAUGGUAGUUGUCACAUUCAGCAGUACGCAAAAGAUGAGGGUUGGAACGGUAAAAAUCAGUUCAAUAGACAAGACGACAAUGUGUUGGAAUUUCAAUACUUUGCACCGGAAAAAUCUCAAGACAAAGAGCAAGACAUUUUAUUUAAGCAUACAGAUACGAAUGUUAGUUAUCAAAGUCAGAAAACAUCUCAGUUUCAAAAGCGCGAAUCGAAACAAGAUUCAAUGCAAAUGACCGGAAGGAUAACCAGAACCAACGAACAGCAAAAUGGGGAUAACAGGAACGGGCUCACGCAAUCGAACGGUCAAAAUCGAAGGAAUAACCAACAGCAUCAUAAACAAAACCAGAACAAUCAAGGACAGCGACGGUUGAGUUAUUCAAUUCAGCAUGGGAAUAAUUAUGCAGAACAUAAUAAUAGGUAUCAUACACAACAACAAAAGGAAGGAAUAAAAGGAAACGAGCAGGGAGCAUACGUGGUAUACAAUACAAAUGGAUGUGAGAGUAAUCAACGGCAUAGCAAUAACUUUGAUCAGAACAACAAUGCUUCCAAUAUUCAGGACACCGUUUAUUCCCAUUCUCAUACGCCCUCUCUCAAUGAACAGAAACAACAUUACGGUCAUAACACGUUUCCUACAACCCCAUUUCAGACCCAAACGUUAUCUGCUCCUCCAAAGCGUCCGUAUUCUGCUCAUAUGCCCUUUCACGAUGAACAAAGAACACCACAAAUGAGCACGCCGUCUGUACAAACGAAUCAGAGGAGUAACGAAACAGACGAGCCAUCUAUAAGUAGAAGAAGAUCAGGUGGGCAACAGCAGCAACCUACCGGAAUGAAAUUCGGAAUCGGGAAAGGUGAGAAAAGCACCAAUGAAAACAAUGGAAGGGAAGAGAAUCAAUUAUUUGAGCAAUGGCGAGCGAAUGGAAAUAAUGGCAACGGUAAUAGUGGAAGAGGGAAUAUGGGGAAUUACAGCAAGAAUAACAGUAGCGGUAAUAAUAGCAGCGGUAAUAAUAAUAGUGACUAUGGGUAUUCUAAUAACUAUCAGAACCCCAUACACAGCCAUAGCAAUCCUAGUACACAUGUUCACGCCAAUACCUACACAAACGCACCACCAUCUCUUACAACCACGCAAACUCACCCCUCUUCAUCAGCACAGGGCACGAAUUAUAAGCAAGUUAAACCUGCGCUACAUCCGAUCCAGCCUCCAGCUUAUUCAUCUACAAGUCAUCCUACGUCUCCCAUCUACUUUUCUCCACGUCCCAAUCCAUCCACGACAUCUCCAUCAUCUGCCGCGCCAGUGACAUCUACCACGUACGUGAAAGCAAGAUAUGUGCUACCGUCAGUAUCAUACCCUCAUCAAGAAGAUUUGAAUAGUAGAAAUGGCGAUAACGGAAACGGAAACGGAAUUGCAGGGCCGAAUACGAAUGCGGGUGGAAAAAGAAAAAAUGUAGAUAAUAUGGGAAAAAAAGGAAAUGCGGGAGAGAAAAAGAAUGGAAUAGGGAGGGCAAGUGAGAAAGAAAGAGAUAAUAAUUUUGAAAACGGCGUAUGCGGUCAACGCCAACAUGGCCAGAGUGAAAAUGGACGCCAGCAACAGAUGGGAAACAAUACUGGUGGAAACAAGAAUAAAAAAAGGAACCAAUGGUCUCACAAUAAAAAUAAUAACAGUCAGAACAACAACUAUUACAAUAAUGUCACUCAGAACAAGGUUAAUGUUACUAGCAAUCUUGGCAAUUUUGCACACGGCAACCACAACGAACUCGUUUAUAUUCCCACGGGUUCGACGUUUUCCUACUCACAGUAUUCUGUCAACAACUCCGUCCAGGCCGACGUGAAUGUUCAAAGUGCUCCAAAUAAUUCUCCUUCGUAUGAAGUAUCGGGGAAUCGGUAUAACGGUAAUGACGGUCAAGGAAUACAAAAAGGUGACAUUAAUCAUUCCAAGAAGCAAGAUAGAGGGAACGGUCGUGUUGCGAUGAAUCAGCGAGAUGUUUAUAAUUUCGGGCGACGAGGAAAUAACGCUAACAACAGUAACAACAGCAGCAAUUUUAAUGCGCAUAAUUCGGCACAGUCUUUCUGCCAAAAUAUACAGCAAUUUGCACCCGACCAACAUAUGCCCUUGCUCCUAUCAUCUGCACGGAACUCAAUAAUAGAUGAUAAUGUUGACAUCAAUAACAAUGCUUCCUCUGAUCACCAAUCUGCACACACAGAAGAUGUGUUUGUAAAUAGUACCGCUGAUAGUUCGCGGAUGGUCAAUCUGGCAAUUGGAAAUGGGCGGAGACACAAUAAUAAUGGCCAAGGAGGUGGAAGACCAAAUGAACAUAACGAUGGAAACCAGCCUAGAGGUCAGGGGACGGAAGGAAAAAGUAAACGGCGUGCGAAGAAGAACGCACGGAAUGGGUCUGCUCAAAAGAAUAGCAUUAGAAGAGACGAGACAUCCACAUCUCAGUCUUCAUUACAUUCGAAUGGAAACUACAUAUCGUAUCCUAAUAAUGCUAUCAAAAAACCUGCACCUUACCACAACAACAAUACUAGUAAUAAUAACUUCAGUAAGACUAUCAAUAAGAACGCAACCAAUUCCCCAUCUUAUGCUCGUUCUCAACCUACUUCCCUAAUAAUGAUGACAACGACGAAUAACACACAGCCCUCGCAUCCAUUCACUACGCCAUCAGUGUACAAUAAUAUGGCAUCGAACCAGUUUACCCAUGUACAGUCUUCCAACUCGACAUCCUCCAACACUGAUUCAAUGUCUUCGAACGCAAUAGAAACGAUUGGACAGUCACUAAACCAAUCGUAUGGACGUGGUGGACGCGGCGCAAGGAAUGCUGGCAAUAGGCGAGCAAGUGAGCAGAAGUAG